AUGACAGCAAAAGCCGCGGAAAUCAAAAAGCUCACUGACAUUGUAAUAUCUGAGGCUAAAGUCGGGCAAGAAAGUUCGAUUAUGAAACAACUCAAGAGAAAUAUAAAAAGUCAAAUUGCAAGCAUAGAGAACUAUGAACCUAGAUGUCAACAGUCAAAAAUUAGGCCGGUAAAAUUUCUUUUAUUCCUAAAGAAAAUUCAUUUCCCGAAGAUUAAGGCCACUCCUAAAUUUAGACAGCAGGCCCUGCUCUCCCUAACCCAUAAAAUUAACAUGGUGGAUGUGAUUAAUUUAUUGAGCGAAAUCCAAAUCAUAGAGACAGGCAAAAGUCAAAUAAGAAAUGACAGUCUGAUGAAACUGAUGUCUACACCUGUAUUACACAGAUCUGUCACAGUGACAGGUGUUCAUGAAGGUGUAAGACACAUUUCCUGUGUGACGUCAGACCGGGCCUGGAUCAGUGAUUGGUAUGACAAUUUCAUCUUAACAAACACAAAAGGUGAUACCCUAGAUAGUAUAUAUGAUGGAAAUGGAGCACACACAGUGACCAUUACAGGUGAACUUAUUUAUAUAGACAAGAAAUAUAACAUAAAACUAUAUAAAAACGACAGGACAAAAUCCACACUGAUAAAGCAGAUAGAGCCAUGGUAUCCAUGGUGUGUAUACUGCUCCCCUUUCAAUGGGGAUCUACUGGUCGGGAUGUAUAGAAAUGACCCAGUAGAACCAGCCAAAGCAGCACGAUAUAGCAACACAGGACAACACAUACAGACAAUACAACACGACAUUACGGGUCAGACACUGUAUAGAAGUCCUGGGGACAUCACAGAGAACCAUAAUGGAGAUGUUAAUGUGUCUGACUCUGGUCGUGAUGCUAUAGUGGUGACAGAUCGUGGAGGAAGACAUCGUUUCUCCUACACAGGACCACCAGGAGCAGAACUAUAUCCAACAGGAAUCUGUACAGACGUGCUGUCACACAUCUUGGUGUGUGAUGCUUUCAGCCACACAGUGCAGAUGAUUGACAAGGACGGAAAAUUCCUGUCACUAUUUCUGACACCACAACAUGGAAUAGGUGCACCAUGGGUUCUGAGUUAUGAUAACAAAACCCAGCUUCUCUGGGGUGCAUUUAGUAACAACAACAGAGUUUGUAUAUACAGAUAUAUAGAGAGGAAGGAUAAUCUGGUUCAUUUAAUAUAUUCAGAAAAUUUAUACAGACGCUGUGCUUUCUGUUAG